GAACCCUUCCUCUCCACUGUGCCUCUGUCAAAGGAAGGAUCCAUGUUAUGACGGCGUUGCUCUCUGCUGCUCCACUCACUGUUCAAAGCAAAACGGCCAGAGGGGAAACUCCGCUUCAUAUUGCGGUAAAAAACAACCACUUUGAUGCAGUUAAGUUGCUGUUGGAACACGCAAAGGGAUGGAAGAUAGAAGGAGAAGUGUUGAAUGACAAAGACAACCAAGCAAAUACUGUCUUGCAUCUCGCUGCGUCAAGGAAGCAAUACCAGAUAGUUGAUCUGUUGUUGGUUGAGGAUGAUGUUGCGAAAGAAGUGAUGGUGGUGAAUUCGGUGAACGAGAGAGGAAUGACCCCUCUGGAUGUUCUUACGGUAUUCCAAAGCGAAGCCGGUGAUUUAGAAAUUUAUAGAAGCCUUGUGAAAGCAGGAGCUAAGAGUGGAAAGGACAUUGAGAAUGAGAAUGAAGCUGGUAGAAUAAGGCAACCUUUCGAAGUGGAGAUCGUUCAUGAAACCCAUGUUCCUCCAAGGAACUGCACUGAUGAAGAAUCAAAUCUACCUAAAACAACUGAAGAAUUUGAGGAGUUAUUUGCAUACAAACCUAACAGGGAUUCUACAAAUCAUGUGCGUACUAUACUGGUAACCGUAGCUGCACUUAUGAUCACAGCAACCUAUCAGGCUGUGCUUAGUCCCCCUGGAGGAGUGUGGCAGGAAGACACACACCAAUACGGUGCUGGAAAAUCCAUCCUGGCUACAAAAUCAAAAAACAACAUUUUUGUUGUUUAUUCUGGGCAACAGCAUUGGAUAUUAUACCUCUUUUUAUAUGAUCAUUUGGCUAACGUCUGGCUUUCCUGGGGAAUAUCUUUUGUCUGUGUUGUCAUUUUGCAUGUCAUUCAACUACAGUGGAUCCAUGCUUAACCUUGUACCAAGCGAUGACAGGAUUUCCAAUGGGUCAGCAUGGCUAUGUAUAAUGUGUGGCUGCUUCGCACCAUUUGUUCUUAAACUGCUGAGGCAUUUCCGAGCACAAAAAUAACCAAAUCUUACUUAUUUCCAUGCUCCGU